CAUCCCCCGUGAUGAAAGUGCAGUGAUGAAUGGCACCAACCGAGUCAAAGUGAGACAGAAAGGGUAGGCUAGGCCUCGUCUUUGGAGCUUCUCUGCUCCUCCGGCACAGAGAGCGUGAUGUCAGCGGUGGCUAUGCUGUUGUAAUUGACUUGGUGGGGGUGAUGGCGUCAUUUUAUGCCCUGGUGUAGCCUCCUGCUCCAAUAGCGAGGGGGAGACGGAUCUCUGGCCGACGCGACCGUGGCUCCCUUGGCCGGGAUCGAGCACCGCCAAGCCGGACACUUCACUCCGGGAAACAUGGAGGCUGUGGCCGAGGAGCUGCGGGCCGGUUCUCGGGUACCUGUCACUAUCGAUCAAAUAGUUAACGACACACUGGUAGUGACGCUGACCUACCGAGAAAGGAACUACACGGGGAUUUUACUUGAUUGCAACAAAAAGACUGGACUUUUCUGUCUACCAGAUUUCACAGCAAACCACGGGGACUGUCCUAAAUCUAAGCCAGGUUGUGAAAUCCAGGAGGUUCUGAGCGAAGAGCAGGUUUCCAAAUCUCCCAGUCAGCCUUCACUCAGGCCAACGGAUGAAAACACUCUCCCUGAAAGCAGCAUAUCUACUGCACCGCCCCCCUGUCCUGUACCCACACCAGUGCCCGCUGGACAGACUCCUUACCCUCCUUAUUUUGAAGGAGCCCCCUUUCCCCAGCCUUUAUGGGUGCGCCACAGCUACAGCCAGUGGGUACCUCAGCCUCCUCCGCGACCAAUCAAGAGGAAGAAAAGGCGGGCGCGAGAACCUGGACGCAUGACGAUGAGCACUAUUCGUCUGCGACCGCGACAGGUGCUAUGUGAAAAGUGUAAGAACACAUUAAACAGUGAUGAAGACAGCAAAGAUGGCAUGAGUAACACAAAGUCUUCUAGAAAAGAGAACGCACUACAGAGUGAUGAUGAGGGUGAUGACAAGGAUAUCCCAUGUAAGCUGUCGAGAAAAGAGGAUCUAGUUGCAACCAAGGACAGUAGGAGACGGGAAAAUGGCACCAAUUUAGACAGCAAACGCCUCAGGAAGGACAAAAGGGGGGAAGCUGAGGGGGAGAAGUUCCCUGGAGGUGAUGUUAUUCCCCAUAGCCCUGUCAUAAAGAUCUCCUACAGCACUCCACAGGGCAAGGGUGAGGUCAUAAAAAUCCCUGCACGCGUUCACGGCUCAGUAAAACCAUUCUGCCCCAAACAGCUGGUACAGAAUGGUGUGGGAGAAAACGGCAAGGCGCCUUCCGAUCCUACCCAGGAGCAACGGCACAUUCUAGACGCCACCAGGUCUGGCCUCACUGUGUCUAUUCCCAAACUCAAACUAACCAGGCCGUUCACAACCGUGGGACAAGAUUUGCCUUCUCCAAAGAUCCGCUUGAGACCCCCACAGCAGGAGGGCGAGGAGAGUGUGGUUGAGUACGAGGCGGAACUUGUAGGGGGCACUAGGAGACGGAGCCCCAGGGUCCCUGGUUCCUGCCUUAACCACUCUGAAGACUCAGGACAAGGCAAAAACUCUCUGGAGUUGUGGUCGGGGAGUUCUGGAGAGGAGGCCGAUCGCAGCCACAGUGACCUCACCCUUCUCAUCAAUUUUCGUAAGCGUAAAGCCGAUUCAUCCAGCCUAUCAGUCUGCAGCAGCGACAGUCUAGACGAGUCCAAGUCCUUCAGCUCUGAUGGCACCUCACCAGAACUGUGUGACUUGGCACCCGGCGAAGACCUGUCCGUCACCUCAUCGUCCGUACCUUCAAGGGAGGACUGCAAAACGGUGCCGCCGCUUACCGUGCGGCUGCACACGCGCAGUAUGACAAAGUGUGUGACGGAGGAGGGUCACGCCGUGGCAGUGGGCGACAUCGUGUGGGGAAAGAUACACGGUUUCCCCUGGUGGCCGGCCCGCGUCCUCAGCAUCAGCGGCACACGCAAACAGGAAACUCCCAGCUGCGAGGCGCAGUGGCCCCAGGCCAAGGUAGCGUGGUUUGGUUCACCCACCACCUCCCAGCUUUCUGUUGCCAAAUUGUCCCCCUUCAGAGAGCUCUUCAGGUCCCGCUUCAACCGAAAGAAGAAAGGGAUGUACCGGAGAGCCAUCCUGGAGGCAGCCAAGGCGGUUGGUCACAUGGGCCCGGAGAUCACGUCGCUGCUUUCCCACUGCGACACGUAGAGCCUGACGAUGAAAUAGAGGUGUCCAUUCUACGACUCUGUCAUCAAGACCCAGGAGGGAGUACGUGCGGUUGCCACGGCUACUAUUUAUAUGCCGCUUUUUUUCUUUUUCUUUUUUUUUCUUCCCCACAAGGAUAGUGGAAGAUGGCUGCCAAGGUGGUGGUGUGGUGUUGAGACUGGAUAAGGGAGCAAAAAGGAAAAAAAGGCCAGGCAUCCCAUGGUCUCAUAUGAACUAUUCCUAUUUUAUUUUCUAGAUUUAAUCAGAUUUCAUUAGAGCUGAAUAACGACACUACAAGGACCCGAAUGUAUUUAUUAUCUUUAAUGGUUUAUUAUUAUGAUCAAUUAAGUUCAUCUUUGUACUACAACCUCCCAAGUCUGCUGCUGUUCAUGAGCAAGUGUUUGCUGUGAUGUCCGACCUGCCACUUAGAGGAAGCCACGGGACAUUUAACCACGGCAUCAAAAGUCUUACCCCAAAAAUCCUCUUAACUUCUCUAAAUGUGAACGGCUCCCUCCAGAGACGAGUAGUGACUGUUCCAGUGUCCCAUCCUGCAACAUUAGUUGGAUUUGUGGAUGUAUUUACACUGAGCUCUGUCCAGAAACAUGUUGCGUCCCUUUUCCAUUUCAUUUUCAACUCAUAGAAGUGUCACAUCGGCGCACUUCCCACAAAAACUCAUUUUUUUUCCUUAGAUCCAUUAUUACAUCACUUUAAUUAUUUAAAGUGUCAAAUUAAAGAAAAAGAAGCACUUUAUCUGUACCUUGGUGGCCUGCUGUAGCUCACUGUCUGAAACACUAUUGCGAGCUACAGUUCUGAUUGGCCGCAGGUCUUUGUGGUUGACUAUCCAUGGCCUUGGAGAUACAAAAAACGUUUCUAUGUUAUUCUAUUGUACGAUUUUUUUUUUUUAAUUUAAAUUUUUUUUCUUUGGGAGGGGUGAGGCGAAGAAACACCAGACACAGAUAGUUGUGCACACUGUAUUCUCACAUUUGACUUGGGGUUGUGUGUUUUUCCUCUCAGCGUAUACACAGCACACGGACGCGCUACAAAAAAAACCCGCAUUUAAUUUUCACUGGAGAAACAUAGGUGAACAAAUGUGUCGAGGUCCCCUAUGCAUUAUGAGUUAAAGCUUUACGAGUGGCUUUGGGAGAAUACAACGACAUGCUGUAAGAAUACUGUGAAUUCAACUGCUGUGUGCGCUGAAGAAAAGCUCACUACUAGUUAGAGCCCGCAGUUGUAUGAAGUCAAAGCAGACUGCGACGCUGACCUUUAGUGACCUUUGUUUUGAAAGCGGCACUGUUGGAAUAGGGGGAGGGGUUGGGGAGGCGAAGGCAGGAGACCACGACUGUCAAGCGCAGCCUGGGCUGUAUUUAAAAGAAAACAGGCUAACCGAAGAUUGCACACAGUCACGCUCAGCCGACCAGCCCGUCUCCUUUCUGCCUGUCUGGGACCAUUUCGUUCAAACCUGCCUCAUUGAUUGCCAAUGAGAGCAGUGUGUUGUUAGGGGGAGCAGGAAGCGAUGCACUCCUCCCUUUCUGAUCGUCCUCGGUUUCACAGUUUACUGUCAAGCCCGACUACUUUCCAGACAAACUACACAGUUAGGAGUGUGAGAGUCUAUGUGUGUGUGUAUGCCAGAGAGGGAUUUUCCCAUGUAUGAGCAACAUGGCUAUCUACUGUUGCCCACGUUGGUCAAUGUUAUUGGCUAUUUUUUGUUUUCCUUUUUUUACAUGUACUGUACAUAAAAUAAAAUAUACAAGCAAUA